AUGGAAAAAGAAAACUCUUCAACCCCUCCAUUAACUCAUAAUGAUAAUAAAACAAAUACCUUACAAGAUGAAUCUGAUCAAAUAUCUUCAAAUGCCUCUUCUACUUCUCAUUCAACGAAUAAAAAUAAGGUGUCUUGGUUUUCGGAUAUAAAUAGCUUGAAUGCUAUCUUUGCUUCUUUAGGUACUGCUAAUAGUUUGACAAAAAAUCCUAAAAUUGAUGAUAGUAAUAAAGAUGUUCGUGAGUCUAGUAUCCUUGUUGAUAAUAAUAACCUGAAAAAUCUUUUAAUUGAUGAUGCUGAAUCUAGCGAAUGCUACGAUGUUCCAUCCAAAGUUUCCCAUAUCCAUCAAGAAAUUCUUGAUAAAUCUUCAGUAUCUUCUUUUGAGUCCUUGGAAACUUCAAAAUCUGUCUCUACUACUCCCUCAUCUUGUCAACCUCAAGAAUUAAUAAAACUUGAUAUUAUCCAAUGUCAAUUUGAAUAUUUUGGUGGCAAACCUUCCGCUGUUAUAAAUUCAAAAUAUCUUGGUGAUUUGGCUUUUUUAUACAGAAUUUCUGAUGCUAUGCAAUCUGAAGGUGGUGGUGAAAUUUCUUUUUGUUUAAAUGGAAUGGCCGACGAAGUUUCAAUUCCAUUUAAUCAAUUGUCCGGAUUCAAGAUCACUAAUGAUGGAAAAAUUAAUUUGAGACUUAAACCGAAUUUUAAAAAAACUUAUCGUCAUCAUCUUGGUGGUUAUCCUUAUCUUUUAGAACCAACUACUUCUACAUCGGACCCGACUAAUGGAAAGCUUCAUGCUUUACAUUCUCUUUUGUUGUCUCCUGAUCGCUCCGGAAAGCUUUCUACAUUGACCGAUAUUGAAAUCGCAAUUGAAAAAUUAUGGUUCAGAAGACAUGAUGUUCAUAAUGAACUCGUUAAAGAUAGGCAAAAAAAAAUGUAUCUGACUUGUGUGUUUCCAACUGAACGAAGAGCACUUUCUUAUCCAAUUGAUUCUCCAUAUCAUAGAUUAUUAUUAGAUCUUGAAACUAGAUUUAAUUUACCUACUAACAAUAUUAAUCUUAGAUUUAAAAAUAAUAAUGGUGAUAUGGUUGGAUUAAAAGAUGAAGAAACUUGGAGAUUGGCGAAAAGUGAUGCUUAUAGUAAAAACUUAAUUAGAUUAACUAUUUAUAUUUGGUGA